AGUAAUAAUAAUAAUUAAUAAUAGUAAUAAUAAUAAUAAUUAUUAUUAAUAAUAGUAAUAAUAAUAAUAAUAAUAAUAAUAAUAAAUAAUAGGAUAAUAAUAACAAUAUCGAAUAGGAUAAAUUUAUAAUUUCUAUUAUUAAAGAUGAUUAUGUUCUACAAUUUGUUACUUAAGAUAUUCUGUAUUUAUAGAUAUUUAAAUAAACGAAUGGGAAUUGAAAAUAGACAAGAUAGGUAUACGCGAUUAGUAUCGUAAGAUUAAGCAGUUAUCAUAAGCAGUUCAAAAUGUGAUAAAAAUUUUUGAUAAAUGAUCGUUAGGAUUCGAUCGUUUUAUUCGAGAAACAUUUUAUUGAAAAUAAAUAAUCCGUGUAUCAUGUUGUAUGUAUUUUUAAAAUGUAAACAGCGAAAUACGUUCAUACAAUAUUUUAAUAUUUUUGUUUUGAAACGAAUAUAUCAUAGUAUAUCUUUUAUAUAUUUAUUUCCAUUGUAUAUUUUUAAAGAUAAGAAAAAGUUGAUGAUGUUUUUUAAUGAUGUUUACAUUUGAAAUUAAAAAAAAAAAAGAAAAGAAAAGAGAGAAAAGAAAAAUUUUGGUAUAUCCAAGAUUUAGAAAGUUGGCAUCGCGUUGAAAAUAUAAAUACGCGUUAAAUCAAUGAUACCGAGUUUGCGCAUCCGACUCGGUUUCAAUCAUCUCUGAUACACAGAUUUUCUUCUCAGCGUCGAUGUUGUCGAUUUGUUUUAACUCUUUCGCACAGUUCCUUCGCGAUUAAUGUUCGACUGUUCGAUCUAUCGUUCUCUUCUAUAAUCUGUUCAUUUUCAUAUCUAGUAGCUUUCACCUUCUAUCUUCCUCAUUUUGAUAUCGUCAAUCUAAGUUUCUCUUCCCCUAAUUCCGUUUUACCCCUGAUACAGUCGUUGCGCCGCUUUUAUCGUUGCAGCUUCCAUCGCCAUCAUCCCUACUACAUACUACCAGUACACCAUCUCCGUUGCUGUCGAUGUCACCAACGAUACUACCACCAUUAGCAUUAGCUGAUAUUCGUCUACUUCCUACAUUCCCGUUUUCAGGGGUGUUUGCGAGCACGCGCUCGCAGAAUAGCGUUACUCCCAAAACGUCCGAGUCAACGUAGUAGCGUAGUAAGAGUAAUGCGCGCGCGCUAGACAACUAACCAGUCACCUUUGGUUCGAGCAUAAAGCGACUUGUACACCAUCUUUGCCCGAUUUUCAUGAGAAAGUGCCAUCGAAACAGAGUUAUUUCGCGUGUAAUAAUUAAUCUUUAUCCGCGAACAACGUAUAUUUUCAUCGUAUGAUAUUUUCGUAUAUCGUAUCGUGUAAUACACUUGUAACGCGUGCAAAUACUUGAUUUUUCUAUCAUUUUUUCUUUCUUUCAAUUCCUCCGUAUUCCCCUUCUUUGCAUCGUAUCCACCCCCUCCGUGCUCUCUCUCUCUCUCUUUCUCUCUCUCUGUCUCCGUCUCUGUUUCUCUCUCUCUACAAUUACUCUCUUGUCCCACCCUCGUCCUUCAUUCUUUCGGGUUCUCUGCGCGUUACGGUGUGAACAUACUUGAGAGAUCGCGCGACAAGGCGGUAAUCGGUUGUGCAAUCGUGAAUCGCACAAAUGAAUUGUGUCGACAUCGCAUUGAACCAUGUCUAAUUUAUUCGUGAAAAGGAAAAUAUACGUUGAUUUGGGAAGGAUACGAUAAUAAAGAGGAACAUCGACUUACGGUCCAGGAGGUGGUUUGACGUAGGAUCGUUUUUUUUUCGUUUUUAUCUCUUGGUUAGUCGUUCGGUCCUUCGGGCGAUCGGUCGAUCGGGUAUUCAUACGCGCGUACGUCGAAGACGCUUUUAUUUUUCAAUUAAUUCAAUUAUUAGACAAACUUUGGUUGCUGUUCCGUAAAAUGUUUACGAUCAAGAGAACUGCAUGUUGGAGGUGAAUUAUUACGUGCCGUUAAACUCGAAUUAAUCGACUAUUUUUUUUUUUGCUUAAGUCUUGAUUAUUGUCAUCGUUCUCGUUGUGAUCGUCGUGAUUAUCGUCGUUGUCGUCGUCGUCGUCGUCGUCGUCGUCGUCGUCAUCGUCGUCGUCCUCGUCGUUGUCAUCGUCGUCGUCGUCGGCGUUAUGUCGUCUCGCUGUCGACGACACAUUUGAACAAUGAUUCGAUUUGGAAUUAAAAGAUAGAAAUUUAAAAUUCGAUUGGACAAUGCUUGGCAUAAGAAUACGUUUAUUUAUGAGAAGAAAACAUUGAAAACGUGCGUAAUGAAAUGAAAGGAAUUUUUGACGUUCAACAACCAUUCUAUUAACGUAGUUUCGAUCGUCAGGUGUAAAGAAAAAAUGUUAAAAGAAGAAGAUGAAAGAAGGUGAAGACACAUAUGUACAAACUUCUACGUACUAGCGUAUACAAGCGUUACAAAGUUGUGUAUCAAAUAACGGAUAAACAAGAUUCCAUCGAAACGGUAAAUUUACGCACGUAACGCUGACUCGCGUGUUCCGGCCGAUCGAUCGCUACUACGAGGGAGCGAUUGGUUCGUUCGUUUCAUCGUUUAAUCGUAUUCGGGUGUUGGUCGAUAGCAUCGAAAUAAUGUUUCUAUCCGUCAAAAAAUUUGUACACUAUGGAGUGUUGUUACUGUUAUGGAUCAAAUCAAGUUAUCAGCAAGAAGAGGAUAUACCUCAUAACGAAGUGAAAAACUGGGCAUUGAAAUUUGGAGUGGAUUUAUGGGAAUUUGGCAGACAAGUUACGAAAAUGAGUGAAAUACAAAGGAAAUAUCACGAUAUGGAGGCCGAAGUUGUAAAAAAAGAUGGUGUCCUGUUGGUGCGAGAAAUGGCUGCGGAAGUGAAAAACAUGUUAGAUUUUAAAAUGAAUGCUGUUAUGAGAUUGGUGGAGAGUGCCGAACAAGCGGCUGUAUCGGCACCCAGAGACGGAAAUGUAGCACCGAAAUAUUAUGCUUCUCAACGUUUCGACUCUUCUUCAGGAGAAGGAAAAGCAUCGAUAACCGUACAAGAAACUUUCCUUUCAUCGAAUCGACAUUUCGAUCAUUUAGCCGUAAACGUUACACUUUCCACGGUUUUAUUACCGGAUGGAGUGAAACAAAUUGAUCGCGAAGUAGCCGCUGGCAUUCAAUGGAGCGAAUAUUUGGAUUUAUUGUUCGUUAAUAAUUACGAAAGCGAUUCUUCGCUUUCUUGGCAAUAUUAUGGCGCAACUUCAGGAUUUUUAAGACGUUUUCCCGCAAUUUCCUGGCCACCCGUCAACGAUCGUACUUUCGGUGCGGAUAAAAAUCGAGCUAUUCGAGAUGUAUACGAAUUUCGAAUUUCCGAUUGGUUCGUCGGAGCCGCAAAUAGUCCCAAAGAUUUGGCUAUAUUGAUCGAUAUCGAAUGCUACGUAUCGGAAAGGAACAAACGACUAGCCAUAACCACGGUCAAAACUAUCCUCGACACGUUAGGUCCGAACGAUUACGUUAACGUUUAUCGUUACGGAGACACCGCAGAGGAGAUCGUACAAUGCUUCAAAGAUAGUUUGGUGCAAGCAUCGCCGGAAAACGUACAUGAUUUGAAAAUAGCGAUGAGUUCUAUGAAACACGAAGAAAUACCGACAAAUAUAUCCGCUGCUCUCGCGACUGCUUUUGAAAUUUUACACAGAUAUAACAGAACAGGACAAGGAAGUCAGUGCAACCAGGCGAUCAUGUUAAUUACUGCCGACAAUGCCGGUUUACCUACAGAGGUGAUAAAACGAUACAACUGGCCUCAUAUGCCUGUUCGUAUCUUCACGUAUCUAAUUGGUGGUGACAAAAGUCCGGAAUUACGCAACACAGCAUGCGCCAACAAAGGAUUCUAUGCAAGGAUCACCGAAUUGGAAGACAUUAGAAGCAAAGUUUUCGAAUACGUAAAGGUGCUUGCUCGACCUAUGGUGUUGUAUCAACACGAACACCCGAUUCAUUGGAGUCCGGUUUAUGUCGGUGGAAAGAGCAGCAGAUAUGGCAAAGAGAAUAUCGGACAGUUAAUGACGUCGGUUACAGCGCCCAUUUUAGAUCGACGAAAUUAUACGGUGAAGACAGCUAAUUUAUUGGGUAUCGUCGGCACCGAUGUACCCGUAGAAGAGAUACAGAAAUUGGUUCCCCCUUACAAGUUAGGUGUCAACGGAUAUUCUUUUAUCGUCGACAAUAACGGUCGUGUUUUAUAUCAUCCGGAUUUGCGACCAUUGCCGGGAAACAUAGACUACGAGGAAACGUUAAAACCUACAUAUAUCAGCGUUGACUUAUCGGAAGUCGAACUUGCCGAAUAUGACGGCCCAUUACAUCCAUUAAACAAUUCUCUUCUUCUCGACUUGAGGCGCGAUAUGAUCGAUCAAAAAGAAGGAGAGACUAAUUUUGCGAUCAAAAUUCACUACGAUAACAUGAUGCAUUUUCUUUCCGGUACGUGCACGCAGAAACGUGUCACCAUUAGACGUCACAAUUAUUUUUAUAAAUCGAUAGAAGGAACGCCAUUUUCAUUGGGAUUAGCGUUGCCCGAAGGUUACGGUAUGUUUGAAUUGUUGGCCGAACAAGAAAUCAAACAUGCGAUAAUAAAUGUAACCGAGUAUUUUAAGGGGAACAACUGGAAGGUACAUCCUGACUGGGUGUAUUGCGAAUAUAGUUCGGCUUCCGAAAAAUGGUUUCCAUCCCCGGAAGAACGCGUUCUACAUUUCUUGACGCGAACGCGAAGUCCGGGAUGGAAAUGGAUGUCCUUGAGGCCAAGGAGUCCAAGCUCGCAUCACAAACAAGCGAGCAAACCCGACAAAGAUGCUUAUUACUGUGAUAAGAAAUUAGUGCAAUCCCUAGUGUUGGACGCGUUGGUCACCGAUGGUUUCAACAAAAGAGGUGCGAUGCACAAAGAAGAAAAUCAAAACCCUAUUGCCAUACUGAUGGCUCUACUGCACAGCCAAGGAACGAGUACAUUUGGCGUAACGCGGAGUUUCAUCGCAACUAGAAGUGGCUUAUUUCGUUGGCACGAACAUCAACAAACCGAAGAUAACACCGAUGAAUCACCAUUUGCCGAGAAAUAUGCAAGAGCUAUGGAUUCCUCGUGGUAUAAACGCGCUGUGGAUCAACACUCGAUAGAACCGGAUAGUUUCGUUUUCAGCGUACCUUUUAACGCCGCGGACAGUCCCAAUCCAUUAGUAACCGCUACUCACGCGGUUUUUAUCGGGACGGGACACAAAGCACCAGCAGCUGUCGUAGGUUUACAGUUUCAACAUUCUUCACUGGCCUCUCGCUUCGUCAACAUUACUUCGACGUGUAGUGGUACGAAUUGCAAGAAAAAUUGCGCCUCCGACGCAUUAGACUGUUAUAUCUUGGACAAUAACGGAUUUAUUAUAAUCAGCGAACGUCACGAGCAUACUGGAAAAUUUUUCGGCGAGAUCGACGGCACUAUAAUGGAUUCGCUAGUUCAGGACAGAAUCUAUAGAAAAGUAACAGUAACCGAUUAUCAAGGUAUAUGUAGUCCACAAGAAUCUCAUCAAUCAUCCGCAUCGAGGACGUUCUCGGAAUCUGUCGCGAAAACGAUCGCGAUAUUGGGAAAUUUUCUUUGGAGCAUGGCAUUUGGGUUUAAUUUUCAAAAUUUAUGGCAAGUCGCAUUCGCAUUCGCCGGUGAAUCCGUAAGACCUCUGGACGAUUCGAUCGGACAAGUUCACGAAUUCGAGUCAUUGGCGAUAGACGGAGAAGGAGAACCGACGGACGAACCAGUACCGGAUGGAAAUUUUCCAAGGCUUCCGACUAUUACAGCUGCAACCCCUGCGUCUCCUGGUACGACACGAGCUACAUCCACGCAUCAUUUACGAACAAGGCUAAGAUCAUGCGAGAAAAAAACGGAUCUUUAUAUCUUACAACCCGAAAGAUUGAACACCAGUGGACAAAGUAAUCCGUUGAAAGGGAAAUUAACCAAUUGUCAUGACACCGGUUGCGAAAGGCCAUUUAGCGUACAAAAGAUUCCCCAUACGAACUUGAUUUUGCUGGUAGUAGACACGUUGUGUCCAUGCGGAAGUAAACAAUUGAGCAUCGAGCCUAUAGAGGCUCUGACAGAACCCGGUGCUUGUAUCGCGAGAAGAGAACGCUUGUAUCGUCGCAGGCCACCCAAAUGUAUAAAUUAUCAUCCAGAAGAAAUGGAGAUCAAAUUUUGCGGUAGCGCGAAUCGUCCCUGUCAUUUCUUCUUCUUAUUCAUCAUCGCAAUUGUUUCAAGCACUCUCGCGUGACUUUGUUCCAAUUGACGAUUCUAUUAUACAUAUACACGCACACACAUUUAACAUACGGACAGAUAGAUAGACGAACAGACAAACGGACGGAUAGACGGACAGACAGACGGAGAGAGACAGACAAAUAUGAAUACAGAUAUCCACGAAUUAACGUUUUUGAAAUGAAUUUAGCGUUGCCGUUUCUAUGAAACAGUUAUGAAAAUGAUAUACUAGUUUAUCGGUUUAAGAUCUAUAUAAUUGAGUAAUACGUGCAUAACAAUGAACGAGCGAGUGCACGUGUAUAUACAUUCAUAGGUAUAUUCGUACGUGUAUGCGUGCGUACAUACGUACGUAUAUACGUACGUAUAUAUACGCGCGCGCGCACACACACACAUACACAUAUAUAAAUAUACAUACAUAUAUACAUACUCGCAUAUUUGGAAGGAGAUUUAAUGCGUGCAAAUUACAGUCAUACAUGCAUAUAAUACGCGUUCGUAUGACAUUAAUUUACACGUAUUCGUGUACAUACACGUGCACUCUACGUGUACGUAACAAUCACGCAUGCACACGCAUACGUCUCGAUAGGCAUGCGUGUGUAUGCGCACAGAAGAGACGUGUACAUAUUCAAAUACAUAAUAUUAAUGUUGAUCUAUGAUUACAUAUCCCAUUAUAAAUUUUGUUGCAAAGAGAUUGUGAAUAUUUCCUAAUCGUAUCUAAGUCAGUAACAUAUGGAAGAAGAAAAAAAGCGAUAAAGUCACGUGUAAUCACGACGCGUGGAUCGAACAGAGUGGAAACGACAAUACGCAUAAACAUUUAAGGCGAUUUCUUAAUAAUCCGGCUAUAAUAAUCAUGGCGAUAAGCACGAUCGUUCUUUAACGGGUUAUUUUUUUUUUUCGAAUUAAUCGUAUCAAGCGAGAACCUUUAUUUAUUUAUAUACAAUUUAACCGAAACAUUAUCGUCGUUUCCAUAUUUUCCGAGAUCGGUACACGAAUCAAACGUUCAUCAUUUAUAAAUCACGCGUAAGCGUACGACAUAUGUAUAUAAAACUUACGAGUGUGAUUAGUUAUUAUUAAUGAUCCGAGCGCGUACAUUGUUCGUCGAAGUAAUGGAAAUGGAAAAUUGUAUCAAAGCGUUCCUAUUUCGUGACACAUUCCUUCAUGUUCAAAAGAAUAAGCAAAAAAAAAAAAAAAAAAAAAAAAAAAGAAAAAAAAAGAAACGAGGGAAGGGAAAGUUUAUCGAAAUAUAAGUUAUAUAUUACAUAAGGAUAUCGCAUCAUUCGAUACUCGCGUUUGGAAAUAACGGACCUGCACUCUCGUUUCACGUCAUCGAAUUUUCGAUGUAAUUGCCAAAAAUAUCGAUUCUAUAUUCUCGCUCAUAUUCUACUUACGCGUGCGUACGUCUUCUUCAGACGACAAUAUUACGAUAAAUGUAUCGCACGUUGCGCAUAGUUAAACUUUGAUAUUACGCUUGCAAUUAUUAGGGCAAGUAUCGAUUAUACUUUUUUCUUCCUCUUUUUCGAACGUUACGCGGCAUGAUGCACAAUACGGAACAACGUUCUACAAUUUAAAUUCCAAAUUAUCGCUUGUUACAUUAGAGAAGCACGAUGAAAGACAUUCGACAAUAGCGUGGAAAACAGAGAAACAAUAGAGAAGAAAAAAAAAAUAUCGGUCGCGUACGAGGCUCGAAAAAAAUCAAGGAUCGACGAGCAAAUCGAAUGUAGCGUUUUUCUUUUAUCAACGAUAAGAAAGAAAAGGUAAAACGUGCAACACGUUUACGACAAACUAUCGAUCGAAAGAAAAGUACGAAGACAUCGAACGAUAUUUACGCGUCGUCGGUGAUAAAACGACCAUGUACGCGUUUAGAGAUACAUACAUUAUUCGUAUAAAUUCGUAAAUAUUCGAGUUGGACGAAAAUAUCUGGAUGCAGCGAAAAAAUAAUAACGGACACAAUAAAAGGACAAAGGAAAGAAACGAAAAGAAAGAUCGAUAACGCGUCGUCUAUGCGAGAAAAAAGUGGUAAAAAACGAAGAUACGACGAAUAGCCUAACGUAAAAUAACGAACGAAUCAAAUUAAAUUAAAAGGAAUACGUAUUCUAUUACCACGCGUAUAUCUCUCAGUUUGGUUAUCUAUAAUAUCAUUUAGUACAUUAUUCGUAAAACGACCGUUAAAGAUAUAACGCCUUCGUUCGCAACGAUAAGAACGCGAAUCGAGAACGAAGUUACGAAAAUAAGGCAAAAGUCAAGAAAAGUGUCGUUAAAAGGGAAAAAAGAAGAAAAAAUUUACGAACGUUUUAGAUAAGAAGUCGUUUUUUGAACAGCACUUCUAGGUGCUGCUAUGUCUUCCAUUAUUUGUAUAUUGAUAAUAAAGUCGGUUACGAAUAUAAAUACACAGCGGUACGCGUACACAAGGAUACGCAUACGUAUCGUGUAUAAGUGUACACGUGCAAAAAUAUUCUUAGGUACGUGUAUAUUUAUACGAGGGUUAAUCGAACACGAUUAAAAUUAUGUAACUGAAAAAUACGGCAUAAUAUUAUAUAAUAAAAGUUAAAUGCAAGAUAA